CUUUAAUCUCGCCAGUGUACGCGGCAGUCCUUGAAAAUAUCGCACCCGUAUAUUCACACGUACGACGUAUAUAAUACACGUUUCCUAGUGAUGUGUAUCAGAAUUCGGGCCUCUGCACAGUUCCACAUCAGCUCGUUUGCGUGAGAUUCGUGCCCGCGUGAUAAUAAGUCAGUCGUAUACAAUACAAAUAUUCGUACAACUGCCGUGACUCUCGGUCUCGCGUAAACGUAGUGGAAAUUUGAGAAGCUUUCUCGACUUCGCGAUUGCAUGUGUUUAAAACGAAACCGAUAAAUUUUUCCAGCUUAGUCGGCUCGUUCAUACCUAUCGGCGUGUGUAGGAGCUUCGUGAAAAUGCAGAUAGUGUUGUGGUCUUUGGCGCUGGUAAGCACGACGUAUGCUUAUUCCAGUGGCGGAUCUUUUCCGCAUGUACAGCCGUCGCCGUUGGUGACGGAAUACGAGUGGAAAUAUUUUGACUAUGUCUGGGAUUCACCUGCCCAGAGGGAGGCUUACGUCAGGAGUGGAAGAUACAAUGCUAGUCACAUGACUCCGAUCGACGUAGACCGAUCGAUUGAUGGUCGUACCUUCGUGACGGUUAUUAGGGAUGUUGGGGUUCCUGCUAGUGUUCACACGGUCUCCAAUAAACGCGGACCAUCUGGACCCCUGUUGAAACCUUACCCCGACUGGUCGUGGUACGAAAACGUCGGUAACUGUAAUGGUAUCACCAGCGUCUACAGAGUCGCCAUUGACAAGUGCAACCGCAUGUGGGUACUGGACACUGGAAUAGUUGGCACCGAUCGCAUUUGCCCAGCUCAGCUAUUGGUAUUCAACCUGUACACCGAUAGAUUACUUUUCAAAGUCAAGAUCCCCGAUGACGUUGCCCAGAACAAAAAUGGAGAAGGUUUACUCAUCACACCGAUCGUCGAAACUUAUGGCAACAGAUGCGAAAAUACAACGGUCUACAUCGGCGAUGUCCGAGGUAAUGGUUUGGUCAUCUACAACGGCUUCAGGGCCUUCCGUCUGGAGGCUGACGUCUUCGAUCCCGAGGAGAGAAAUUCCAAUUACAACAUAGCCGGCGAGAGUUUCUACCUCGACGACGGUGUCCUGGGAAUGGCCCUUUCGCCGAUUCAAUAUCCCGGCGAAAGUCGUUACUUGUCCUUCCGGCCAUUGGCCUCGAGGUCGUUGUACGCCGCUGACACGCGGGUUCUCCAGCGUAGCAUCGACGGCACCAGGAUCAAGUAUUACAGAGGCAUUGACGUUCUGCCGAGUCAGGCUUCGGCUCAGGCCUUCUCUGCCGAGGGUACUCUCUUCUACGGUAUGACCAGUGAAAUUGCCAUCGGAUGCUGGAACAUGAACAGGCCUUUGCAGGCGGAAUACUUUAAAAUUGCCGUGCAAGACAAGCAGAGGCUGCAGUUUACCAGUGGAUUGAAAGUCAUUUCCAAUCCGGUUCUGUUCCCGAACGGAGAUGAAUAUUUGCUCAUGAUGACCAAUCGCUUGCAGAAGAUUUACGCGGGAACGCAAAAUCUCAACGAGAUCAACUUCCGCGUUCUGAGAGCUCCUGUCAGAGAGCUGAUUCGGAACACAGUUUGCGAUAAGUACUAACGAAUUUUUUAGUAAUCGCUGUGGUCAUUAAAAUUCAAAGACUGCGAGGGCAGGAACGAUUAGGUGAGUACGUUAUCGGUUCGUGAUAAGACUAGUGUCCAUAUGUGUAAAAUUAGUAUUUAAUGUAACGAUCAUAUAUUUCAAAACGAUUGUUCAAAUAAAUCAUUUUUUAAGAU